AUGGUCGAAGCAAGCAUGACCUUCAAGUCCAUGUCCACCUCUGGCACAUCGUCGAGCAAGGCGAGCAGCCUCUUCGAUCUAGACGAAAAUGGUCACAAGUCUAUUCUCGUCUACAAGUAUCGCUCUGGCGCAAAAGGUCUAGAAGUCAAGACCGAGCGCGAGCUCUGCGAAGAGCUCGACCAAGAUCCCUCAUUACCCUUCAUGCGCGUUACCAAGAAGCCCAUUCCACGAGGCAACAGUCGCCUAGACAUUCUCAGCGGCGAUCUCAUGCUGCCCGAGGAACGCAAACUGUACGGCGACAGACCCACGCUCAGCGCCUCGGUGGCCAACGUCGGCCUGCCCACGCUGGCCAAGUGGAAACACAUGAUCUUAGGAAGCUACGAUGAUCUGUACAUUGUAUCGAAGUCGCAUUCGCCCGCCCCGUCGCCAGAAACCUCGCCCGAGGCGACCAAGGACAGCAGUCCAGAAUCGAGCCAGCAUGUGAGCCCUGCGACCACCUUUCCAUCGAAUGUCGCCCACCCAAGGCAAAAUCCAGAUGCAUAA